UGCAUUUACUGCUGCAGAAGAGCUCGAGCUGCUCCGGAUUCACACAUGCAACAUGCAGAGCGUCGUGAUCAUAUCGGCGCUGCUUUUGUGCCUGGCUUCUUCAGGGAACGCGGGGAAAAAGGUUUUUAAAUGUCCUUCCUCGUGUAGCUGCUCCAAGGAGUCUAUUAUCUGCGUCGGGUCUUCGUAUAUCCCCAGAUUCAUUCCCAACGAUGUCAGUUCACUGAGUAUUGUGAAUGGGACCUUCUCUGAGAUCAGGGAGGCGAUGUUUGCACACAUGCAAUCGUUACAGUUACUGUUGCUGAACUCCAAUGCUCUCACUACAAUACGGGAUGAUUCAUUUUCUGGCCUUCCGCACCUGGAGUACCUGUUUAUAGAAAACAACAAGAUUGAAACAACAUCAAAAUACUCUUUCAGAGGACUUAGGGAUUUGACUCAUCUGUCUUUGGCACACAACAACAUUAAAGCUUUGCCCAGAGAUCUAUUCAUUGAUCUGGACUCAUUGAUAGAGCUAGACCUGAGGGGCAACGUCUUUGAGUGUGACUGCCGAGCGAAGUGGCUGAUGAUGUGGUUAAAGAGCACAAACGCUACUGUAUCAGACGUCUUCUGCGCCGGUCCUGAGGAGAUGAAGGGCAAACGGCUCAAUGACAUGGCGAGCUUGCAUAAUGAAUGCAUCUCCACAGAUUUCGUUCCUCUCCACUCUGUGUCUACUGAGUCUUUGUCUGUGGACACGUUCUCCCACAAGAACGACGUGUACGUGGCCAUCGCUGCUCCUAACAUAGAGAGCUGCAUGGUGCUCCAAUGGGACCACAUCGAGAUGAACUUCAGGAGUUACGACAACAUCACAGGUCAGUCCAUAGUUGGCUGCAAGUCUGUGAUCAUCCAGAACCAGGUGUUUGUCAUCGUUGCUCAACUCUUUGGUGGUUCCCACAUCUACAAGUUUGAUGAAGACCAAAGCAAGUUCACAAAGUUCCAGGACAUUGAGGUUUCCAAGAUUUCCAAGCCGAAUGACAUCGAGGCAUUUCAGAUCGGCAACGACUGGUUCUUCAUCAUCGCUGACAGCUCGAAGGCUGGACUUUCUACUCUCUACAAAUGGAACGACAAGGGCUUCUACUCCUACCAGUCGCUUCACGAAUGGUUUCGUGAUACCGAUGCAGAGUUUGUGAAUUUGGACGGUAAGGCCCAUCUUAUCCUAGCGAGCCGUUCCCAAGUACCGGUCAUCUACCAGUGGAGCAGGAGCACUCAGAAGUUUGGCUUGCAAGGAGAGAUCCCAAACAUGGAAGAUGUAGUCACUGUCAAGGCCUUCUGGAUCAAGGAGGAUCUUUAUCUGGCCAUGACCCGAUACAUCGGCGACUCCAAAGUCUUGCAUUGGACUGCCAAGGAGUUCUCCGAGGUCCAGGCCCUUCCUUCGAGAGGCUCCAUGAUCCUGCAGCCCUUUUCCUUCAAAGAAAGGUACUACCUGGCUCUGGGAAGCGACUACACCUUCUCGCAGAUCUAUCUGUGGGAUGCAGAGGAGAAGGUUUUUGAGCGUUUCAAGGAAGUCUACAUCCAGGCUCCACGUUCCUUCACUGUGGUUUCCACUGACCGGAGGGACUUCGUAUUUGCCUCCAGUUUUAAGGGCAGCACACAGAUCUUUGAGCAUAUCAUCAUUGAUCUGAGUCUUUGAGUGCUGUUGUGGACACAGUCACAGUUAAGGCACGUCAGUAACCCCUCGUUUAGC